UACGAUUCGAGCAACAUGGCGAACGUUAUAAACUCGAUGUACCACGACGCGUUGUCCUCGCUCCCCUGCACCACGCCGUUCUUGGGCGGGCCUCAGCUCACCGACGUUUGCUCGGCCAGCAACGGGGAACUGUUCCUCGCCCUUCUCAACCUCUUCGUCGCCACCAAUCCGAGGAUCGGCGAGCCCUGCCAACGCGUCCACUCCCCUAGAAUACCGGACAUUAGCUACGAUUUCAUCGUGGUUGGCGGUGGAGCUGCGGGGGCGGUGGUGGCUGGAAGACUGAGCGAAGUUGCAAAUUGGAAGGUUCUGCUUCUGGAGGCGGGGCCGGACGAGCCGGCCGGGGCCGAGAUACCUAGCAAUCUUCAGCUUUAUCUCGGCGGCGAACUGGAUUGGAAAUACUACACGAGCAACGAGUCGCACGCCUGCAUGAGCACCGGUGGAAGUUGCUACUGGCCCCGGGGCAAGAAUCUCGGGGGGACGACUCUUCACCACGGCAUGGCGUAUCACCGAGGCCAUCGAAAAGACUACGACAAAUGGGUGCAGCAGGGCGCCCUCGGCUGGAGCUGGGACGAGGUGAUGCCGUAUUACCUGAAAUCGGAGAACAACACCGAGCUGGACAGGGUCGGGACCAAGUACCAUCGAAAUGGAGGAGUCAUGAACGUGGAAAGAUUCCCGUACCAGCCCCCGUUCGCCUGGGAGAUCCUGAACGCGGCCAAGGAGGCGGGUUUCGGCGUGUCCGAGGACCUGUCCGGGGACCAGAUCAACGGCUUCACGGUGGCCCAGACGAUCAGCAAGAACGGCGUUCGAGUGAGCAGCGCGAGGGCGUUCAUCACCCCGUUCGAGCACAGGAAGAAUCUCCACGUGAUCGUGAACGCGACCGUGACCAAAGUGAGAACGUUGGGGAGGAGAGUGACCGGCGUGGACGCGUUGAUCAACGGAAGGAGGAGGAUCAUAUUGGCGAAACGGGAAGUGAUCCUGUCCGCAGGCACGGUGAACACGCCCCAACUGCUCAUGCUGUCCGGGAUAGGGCCCAGGCAGCACCUCAAGUCGAUGAAGAUCGACGUGGUGGCCGAUCUGCCGGGCGUCGGGGAGAAUCUGCACAACCACCAGUCGUUCGGCAUGGACUUCUCGUUGGACGAGGAGUUUUACCCGAUGUUCAACCAGACAAACGUGGACCAAUACCUGUACAAUCAAACGGGCCCCCUCUCGAGCACCGGCCUCGCCCAGGUGACCGGCGUGUGGUACUCCAACUUGACCACCCCAGACGACCCGGACAUCCAGAUAUUCUUCGCCGGUUACCAGGCAAUUUGCACGCCCGCAGGCAGGAUCGCCGACUUGUCCGUGAAGAACAACAAACAGGCGGUGAGGAUAUCCGCGUUGAAUCUGCAGCCGACGAGCAAAGGUCGGAUCACGUUGAGAAGCAAGAAUCCGCUCGACCCGCCGAUAAUCUGGAGCAACGAUUUGGCGACGGAGCACGAUCGGAGCGUGAUGAUUCAGGCGAUCCGCGUUGUCCAGAGAUUGGUGAACACGACCACGAUGAGGAAUCUCGGUGUGGAAUUGCAAGAGAUAGAUCUGCCUGCUUGCGACAAGUUGGAGAAGGAUAGCGACGAUUACUGGAACUGCGUGAUACAGUACAACACGAGGGCCGAAAAUCACCAGACAGGCACCGCGAGGAUGGGCUACGAUCGCAUGGCUGUGGUCUCACCUCGGCUGAAGGUGCACGGUGUCAGGGGACUGAGAGUCGCAGACGCCUCCGUCCAGCCUCAGGUGAUCUCGGGCAAUCCCGUUGCCUCGGUCAACAUGGUCGGCGAGAGAGCGGCCGACUUCAUCAAGGAAGAUUGGGGAGAAGAUAUGUAUAUGUAGAUCGACGACCUGUGUGCUUUCCACGUGUGCUUAUAUAUAUAUAUAUAUAUAAAACUACUUAUUCCGAAGCGUA